AUGACAAAGAGAAUUUUCAACAAGUUACUUUCUCCUUCUUUUGCAUUCCCCAAUGAAAUAGAAGAUUUAUCAGACACAGAAAGACUUCUGUUACCAAAUCAGUUGAAAAAUCUGAAUGAGAUUCAACAAGCACAGACUCUUAUUCUGGUAGAAGCAGGACAAAACAUUGGGAAGACAAUAGAUGACCUCUCAGACAAUAGAAAAAGUUUGCUUGCAAAUAUAGCAUCAAAUACAGAAGUUCUUCAAUGUAUGGUGGCUGUUGAAGCUGGCCAUCCAGGCAGUAGCACUGAGAAAGAUAUAAAUAAACUAUCAGAGAAGAGAAGAUUUCUGCUUACCAGAUUGAAACCAAAUUUGAAAGAUCUGCAACAAGCAGAAGCUCUUGCUGCUAGCCAACCAAGCAGUAUGAAUGAGAAAAAAGUAUAUGAGCUAACUGAACAAAGAAAGAUGUUGACUUCAAGUUUAGAAGCAAAUCUACAAGAUCUGCAACAAGCCCAAGCUAUUGCAGCAGGCCAAGUAGUGAAAUGCAGACCUGAUGGGGAUGAUUUGGGAGCAAUACAAAAUUACCAGUACAGAGGGAAAGGUUUCUAUUCCCAGUACUUCUUGGCUCCAAAGAAAUCUGGUAGUCUUAACCCCAUUCUAGAUCUAGAGAGGAAACUAUAUGAGCUAUCCGAAGCAAGAAAGGUUUUGCUUGCAAGUCUGGAAUCAAAUUUGAAAGAUCUGCAACAAGCACAGGCUUUUGCAUCCAGCCAACCAAGCUCUAUGACUGCAAGCAAAGUAGAUGAGCUAACCAAGAAAAGAGAGAUUCUGGCUGCAAAGCUGGAAGAAAAUCUAAAGGAUCUGCAACAGGCACAGGAUUUUGUAACAGGCCAGAAUGGAAAAGAGAGAUCAAGUGGCAGCAAAAUGGCACAUUUAGAGACAAAAAAACUCCUGCCAGAAAGACAACUAUUAAGUAGUAAAAGUGCACAGCUGGGCCAUACUCUUUCAGCACUCCUGCCUCAAGACCAAAACACUAAAAAUGACAUGGAACAGAUAGCAUUAAGAAAACGUCUCCUGCUUGCAAAUCUGCCUUCAGCUUUUCCAGAUAUACCUCCACUGCCAAAUCUACCACCACUCCAAUUAAGCCUCACUGAGAAUGAAAUACAAGAAUUAUUAGACAAAAAAAGGCACCUGCUUACAAGUCAAAAAUUCAAUCUUGACUAUCUAUCACAAGCAAAGGCUCUUGCACAGAUCCAGUUACAACAAAACAACAUCAUUGGUAAGUGA